UUUAAAUAACAAUGCAACAGUCUCAAAACAAUAUUUUGUGUGUGGGCAUCAAAGCGUCUAGACGUGAAAGCCGUAACAGUUGCUCAGUUAGCGGGAUUUAAUCGAGUGCCCCGUUAAGAGGCUACAACAAAUACAAACACCACGCGGCAAAAGUUCAACAAUUAAAAUGAGAUAUUUUGGCGGCAUUGAAGGCGGUGCAACGCACUCGCAUUUGGUCAUCUGUGAUGAGAGCGGCGAGUCUGUGGGCACGGCCAGUGGGCUGGGGACAAAUCAUUGGGGCAUCGGCAUACCGACAUGUGCACGCCGCAUUGCCGACAUGGUGGAGCGUUGCAAGGAUGAGGCCAAGAUACCAAAGGACACACCACUGACGAGCCUGGGCCUGAGUUUAAGCGGCUGUGAGCAGGAGGCUACCAAUCGUGAGCUGGAGCAGGAGCUGCGCAGCACAUAUCCCAAACUGGCCGAGAGCUAUGCCGUCUCGAGCGAUACCAUGGGCAGCAUGUUUACCGCCUCCUCCAUCGGCGGCAUGGUGCUCAUCUCCGGCACGGGCUCCAAUUGCCUGCUGCGCAAUCCGGACGGCAGCACGGCCAACUGCGGCGGCUGGGGUCAUUUUCUCGGGGACGAGGGCAGCGCUUGGUACAUAUCAUAUCGGGCCAUCAAGCUGGUCUUCGACGACAUGGAUAACCUGGAGAAGUCGCCGCAGCCCAUCGAGAAGACCUGGGCGCUCAUCCGCGAGCAUUUUAGCAUAGAGACACGCUACGAUAUGCUGCCGCAUUGCUAUGCCAAAUUCGACAAGCCCUUCUUUGCCAAUCUGUGCAAGAAGCUCGCCCAGAAUGCGGAAGCCGGCGACAAGCUGGCCCUGUCGCUCUUCCAUGAGGCCGGUGUGCUGUUGGCGCGCAUGAUUAAAUCGCUGCUGCCCAAGGUGCACAGGGAUCUGGUCAAGUCCGGCGAUCUGAGCGUCGUCUGUGUGGGCUCUGUGUGGAGCAGCUGGAACCUGCUGCAGGAGGCUUUCAUCAAGGAGAUCUCGAAGAUGCACAUCGACUACAAUCUCAAGCUGGUGCGCAUCACCAAGAGCAGUGCCUACGGCGCCUGCUACCUGGGCGCCGACAGUGCCAAAUUCGAUUUGCCGCGCAACUAUGCCGAUAACUUUACGGUUCUGCACAUCCAUCCGGGCGGCAGUCCGCCAAAAAACGGGCUACCAAUUAAAGCCUGCGACUGUUAGCGUAACAUAAUUGUAUUACUCCAGGCAUUCCAAAACUGUUCAGUGAAUAAAACAAACAUAUAUACAAAUCAAAAAUGUUGUGGGCUCAGCUUUUUCUAGGUAGAAAGAAAUGAUUGAUUAAUAAAUUAUAAAAUACAGACAUAUAUAUAAUGUAGAUAGACAAUUAUAUUCCUCGAGCCAGAUAAAAACCCAGCUUAUAAGGGUUUUGUUAGAAAUACGUAUGAAAAUUUUAUUCGAUAAAGUUCAUUGUAUUAGAUUUAUGUUUAUAUAUAUAUAUAACGUAUAUAUAGUCAAUUCUGUUACAUAUGGAAAUAUGCUCGGGCAUAUAAAUAAUUUAAUUUAUAUGCGCGCUGGCUAAUUGGCUGUUUUACUUGUUAUUUAAUACUCUUUCGUUUUUCUUUAUUUUUUAAAAACUGUUUUGUAGCGUUUAAAGCCAAUUUAUUCAUUGCCCAUUUGUCAAUUCUUUGGCUAAUUUGAUUCUCGCAUAAUUAAUGGUUUUUUCUCGUUUCUAUUUUAGUAAUUAACUGAGCUGCACAUUAGAAAAAUUGUAGCGUGGAAUUUUGUUAAAUCUAUAAAUCUAGAGCAGCGUAUAAUUUGCAUAAUUCAAUAUACAUAAUGUGUAGAGUAUAUACCACAAAAAAA